CCUGCCCUGAGGCGGAAGCCAACAGGCCGGCAUGGCCAGGAGCAGCGGCAGAGAAACUUUCACCGAGUGCCCUUACCUCUUCAUCUUGGAGCUUGUCUUUGGGGGCCUCGUGUGGAUCCUGGUCGCCUCGUCCCUGGUGCCCCUCCCCCUGCUCCAGGGCUGGGUGAUGUUCGCGUCUGUCUUCUGCUUCACAGGCACCACCGUCCUGGUCUUCCUGUACAUGUGUGAUGUCGACUGUGGGGAUACCCUGGAUAGAGUCUACCAUUGGAUGGCCUUCCUGUUUUACCUCUGCGCCUUCAUCCUGGAAGUUUGGGCCACCAUUAUCAUGGAACACGGUGACUACUUCACAUACCUUGAGAAUGUCUUCGCUACGGUGUUUUCAUGCUUAGCCACUCUGCUGUACAUGUACCAUGCGUUUUGUCCAUGCUACUGAUAGACUGAAGUCUAGCUGAAAACCCAAACAGUGAUAACUGACUGGCCUGCCUUCCAGCAUAACUUUUUAGCAUGCAGAAAUGCUCUUGAUGGUGGAAAAAAGAAACCAAAAGAAGAACAAUGCUGUGUGUCUUGAGGGAGUUAUGCUGACUCUCCCAUGUCCCCUCCUGUCAGGGUUGGGACUUGCUGGCUUUAACCUCCAACUCCUGAGCCAUCUUUCUUUCAGGGUCAUCGCCUAUUUGUGAAAGGGUCAGUGGGGUGGAGUGUGGGGACUGUGAUCUGAGAGACCAUGAACAAAGAUCCCCUCCUGAUCCCUGGACCGGAUCUUGCGAACUCUCUACUGGAAUCUUCCACAGGCUCUUUUGAGCCCCCAUCUGGUGGUGUGUUUCUAAGUCUUCAUGGAGAUUCUACCUGUCAUAAGGAUAAAACUCACCCAACAAGUACUUGCAGAUGUCCACGGGGGAAGAUGAUAAACUUUUGAAAUACUUUAUAAAGGGCCUUUGCAUUCAA